CGCUUGGAAUCUAGUAUCCAAAUUCUAAGAGAAGCAGUUGCAAGUAAUAAUCUCCAAGUAUGCAAAUCUACGUUAAAACUCUAACCGGUCGAACCAUAGUACUGAGCGUCGAAGCGACAGAUUCGGUAGAAAGUUUGAAGAAAAAAGUCGAAGAACGGGAGGACGUUCCACCGAAUAAUCAGCGGUUACUGUUUGCCGGCAAACAGUUGGAGGACGGUCGCUUCCUAUCGGAUUACAGCAUUAUCAAAGGUUCCACGGUGCAUCUGGUUCUGCGCUUGCGAGGAGGAAAAUUCUGAACGUGAUCCCUAUCUUCUUAAAUUGACAUUUGAAAACUAUACUGCCGCCGACAAGGAUAUCUCUGUGAAUAAAAACGAAUCACUGUUUUUUUGAA